GACAGAGGACAGACUUGUCAGAGCUCAUAUCUAUCAUGUAGACACAAACUCUGGAAUUCUGUGUCCUCUCACCAAAGCUGGGUAUAGGAAGCCAGAUUUUAAAAAGUUAUAUAAAGAAUUUUUAUUUAAAGAAAAAAGUCUAAUUUUUAAAACAUUUUACUGCAAAUGUAACAUACCAAUGUCGUGUGCAUUUAUGAAUGGUUUGGGGUGAAACAUUAAUGAAUAGAGAGUCACACGAAUUACUCUAAAGCUGCUGCUGAACAGGGUCUGCACAUCAAUGGCACUUUAAGAUUGCAACAUUUUGUUUGGUGACCUUCAUACCACUUGACUGCACUCACCUUAAUCUCGCUCUCAAAAAAAAAAAGCUGAGCCUGCUAUAGAUUGGACAGUUUUUGGUCUUGUUUUUAAACCCAGUUUUUCAUUUACCUACUACUUUAUAACUCCUGGUUUAAUUUGUACAAAAGGAUGAAGUUCAUUGUCUAACUCAGAAACCCAUGUUCGAGUUUUUAGGAAAAACAAGUGCAAGGGUUUUCAUGAAUUGAGACUGAAGAUCUUACAGAGAAAGAAGAAGGGAGAUAAACAUCGAUGCGAGAGAAAAGCAUCAGUUGGUUGCCUCCCAUAUUUGCCCAGACUGGGGAUCAAACCCACAACCUAGGCUGUAGGACCUGACUUACCUCAUGAGGUCUACCUGUCACCCUAAGAAAAAACAUCACUAUUGUCCAUGAUUUUGGUGAUCCAUCUGCAUUCCAGGAAACUACCCAGCGGUUUGAAACAGCAGAUCUGCGGUUUCCCUCCCACUGCCUGGCCUGCGCGGGUGCCAAGUUCCUCACGUGAUUUAAUGGAUCAGAAGGAGAUGGCAGUGACAGAAGGGGUCCAGGAUGACUGCUAACCUAUGACUCCCAACAGUAUGACAGAAAAUGGCCUUCCAGCCUGGGACAAACCGAAGCACUGUGCAGACCAAGAACCCGACUGGAAGCUAGGAGGAAUGUCCGAAGCCUGCCUGCACAGGAAAAGCCAUUCGGAGAGGCACGGCACGUUGAAAAAUGAACAGUCCUCGCCACACCUCAUCCAGACCACUUGGACUAGCUCAAUAUUCCAUCUGGACCACGACGAUGUGAAUGAUCAGAGCAUCCCAAGUGCCCAGACCUUCCAAACGGAAGAGAAGAAAUGUAAAGGGUACAUCCCCAGUUACCUAGACAAGGACGAGCUCUGUGUGGUGUGUGGUGACAAAGCCACUGGGUACCACUACCGCUGCAUCACCUGUGAAGGCUGCAAGGGUUUCUUUAGAAGAACCAUUCAGAAAAAUCUCCAUCCAUCCUAUUCCUGUAAAUAUGAAGGAAAAUGUGUCAUAGACAAAGUCACACGAAAUCAGUGCCAGGAAUGUCGCUUUAAAAAAUGCAUCUACGUUGGCAUGGCAACAGAUUUGGUACUGGACGACAGCAAGCGGCUGGCAAAGCGGAAGCUGAUUGAGGAGAACCGGGAGAAGAGACGGCGGGAGGAGCUGCAGAAAUCCAUUGGGCACAAGCCGGAGCCCACCGACGAGGAGUGGGAGCUCAUCAAGACCGUCACUGAAGCCCACGUGGCCACCAACGCCCAAGGCAGCCACUGGAAGCAGAAACGGAAAUUCCUGCCAGAAGACAUUGGACAAGCACCAAUAGUAAAUGCCCCAGAAGGUGGAAAGGUGGACUUGGAAGCCUUCAGCCAUUUUACAAAAAUCAUCACACCAGCAAUUACCAGAGUGGUGGAUUUUGCCAAAAAGUUGCCUAUGUUUUGUGAGCUGCCAUGUGAAGACCAGAUCAUCCUCCUCAAAGGCUGCUGCAUGGAGAUCAUGUCCCUUCGCGCUGCUGUGCGCUAUGACCCAGAAAGUGAGACUUUAACCCUGAAUGGGGAGAUGGCAGUGACGCGGGGCCAGCUGAAAAAUGGGGGUCUCGGGGUAGUGUCGGAUGCCAUCUUUGACCUGGGCAUGUCGCUGUCUUCUUUCAACCUGGAUGACACUGAAGUAGCUCUCCUUCAGGCUGUCCUGCUGAUGUCUUCAGAUCGGCCAGGGCUCGCCUGUGUUGAGAGAAUAGAAAAAUACCAAGAUAGUUUCCUGCUGGCCUUUGAACACUAUAUCAAUUACCGAAAACACCACGUGACACACUUUUGGCCAAAACUCCUGAUGAAGGUGACAGACCUGCGGAUGAUCGGAGCCUGCCAUGCCAGCCGCUUCCUGCACAUGAAGGUGGAAUGCCCCACGGAACUCUUCCCCCCGCUGUUCCUGGAAGUGUUUGAGGAUUAGACUGGCUGACUUCGUUCUCAUAAUUCCUACAGCACUACUGGGUGUCAUUUCAUUCCAUUGCCUAGAUCUUUUUUUGUCUGUUCCUUUGUUUCUUUGUGUUGGGAGGGAUCGCUUAGGGAGAAAGGGAGACAGUCCUUGGCAUAGACAUGGAUGAAAUUGCCCCUUGAAUGCGGGUACUUGUAACUAUCAUGUUUUGUUCUCCAGUCCUUUGAUGUGAAUGCUUUGAAGGUUUUACAGCCAUGGAGGUGGGGUGGGGACCAUCAUUAAUUCACCAGCACCAAGCCAUCACCAGCUCCCAUCUGUCUCUGGUCAGAGACUCAAGCAAGCAAAAUGGCACAGCAGAAGACUAAAGAAGCCUUAAAACUAAGACAAUGUGGUCAUCUUGAUCCAAUCCUGAUUUUUGCAGGGCUCAAGUUAGCAGGACGCAGACCAUCCUUGGUUAGAAGUGGCUUUCGAAUUUCCAAGGAAAGGUCCGAACAGAUUUUUGUUUAUUCUAGAGCAUGCUGUCUUCGGCACUCUUCAUUCUCUCCUAGCUGCAUAACAUGGAAUGUACAGAAAUAUUUGUUCCCCCAAAUCAGUUGUUCUUUCACUGGAAUUCUUAUAAUCCUAUAGUUUAAUUCACGUUAUACAAGGUGUGACUCAAAGAUGUGCAGGUACUUGACUGACUGAGACCAACCAGGAGAAACAUUUUCUUCUGUGAGCCCAAAGAAUUUAGAAAUCUUUAUCAAUGAUUCAACAGUUUCCAAAAAUUCACAUAGCAUUACCUCACAGUGGAAAGGCUUCUUUACAGUUACGGCUCAGAGAAAAUUUCCAUAGAAAUUAAGCCUAUUUAGAGCGUUGUCAUUUUUCAAUGACAUCUGAUCCAUCAUCUCCCAAACUCCUGAAGGUAUUUAUCCUGAUUGCAUUUUUGCUGAGCUGAUAACAGAUUUCCCUAUGGAUUAAAUCUCCUAAUCAAGGAGAGAAAAUGAGCUGAAAUUUGAACCUUGGGGAGGAAUUCUGAGCCGAGAUAAGUGCGGUUAGAUUCUAAGUGGAAGGAAACACAGUGGUCUGAGAGCCCCCUUCAUGUACUACCUAAGGUUAGAGGAUGCUUUCUUCUGGUCGUGAACCCUCAAGCUCUUUUCUCUAUUCACCAAUGUUUCCUCGUCUCCUUUUCCCUCUGACUCUAUGGCUCGACUAUCAUUAAACAAAGACUGGUCCAGCCGCUGACCCUCUCUGUCCCCCCUGUAGCAUUGCCCUGAGAGAUAUUCAACAGAAAAUGCCCACGGACCAUGACCAUGGCCCCUCACUCAUCUUCCCGACCCAGCCCACCUCCCUGAGGACAAACGUUGGAGUAGCUUGUACCCAGAAAAUGAAUGGUGAUGCCUCAUCACUUCAGCUUCAGAAAAUGGGCAAAGAAUGCACCCAUGCAACUGAAUGUAUCUCCUUCUUCACGGGCAUAGUAGACAUGCAUAAUUCCUUAGCCUGCCUUGUACUGCCUUAUCCUGGAAAUACUGGGGAAAAUAAGCCAUAUCAGCAAGAUUUACCUAAAAACAGAGGAAUGAAAGUCACUGUGAAAACCAGGCAGGCUACUUUUUUUUAACUGGUCCAGAAGUCAGGGUCCCUGAGUUCCAGUUUGUGCUCUGUCAACUGAUAGAUUUGUGACCUGGGUAGAUUUGGUCUUGGUUUCUCACCCUGGGUCAUGGUCAAUGAGUCAUAAACUCUAACUCCUUCCUAUCCUUAACACUCUACAAAUUUCAGGGGGUAAAAUUCUGGUUCUUUUGAUGGCUUCUUUCACAUUCAAAUUUCUACCUUUACUAGACAAAAAUGAUGGCCCUCUUAACAGAUAUGGAAAGUAUAUUGGGUAUUGAUUCAAAAUAAGAAUUUGACACACUACUCAUCGGCCCUGUCGGGAAAGGCAAAACGGCCUUGGAAACAGAAGAGGAACAGCACAGCACUGAAAAUCCCAAGUAUGACCAGAAACGAUCUGAGAGGAAAAGUAUAUGUUUAAUGCACUAAAGCAAUUAUAUCGGCUUCUGGGGAAAGGAACCAAGAACAUCACUGUGGAACUUGCUAAUCACAGAAAAAAAAGUAGGUGAAGAGAUUACAAGUAUAAACAUGAAGUCCAGGGGGCAAACUACCUUUUUUGAUUCUAUCUACAGAGAGUUUUUUGGUUUUUUGCUGUCCAGGCAGCCUCUAGAUUAAGUCUUUGCUGUGUUAACAUCUCAGCUCCCUCUGUUGAGUCCCUUUGAAACAUAACCUGUCAGUCACCUCCUAGCUCCUGUGUAACUUUGAGAAGCUUUGCAUUGUGGGCCAAGUUUUCCCUCAGAAGGGAAUGAGCAGAGGCAAGCAGGCGGGGUACUGGGAGGUCCAUGGACUCCCGGGGCAUUGAGCCUUCCCAAGAAAGCCUCCCCGAUUUGUUUGAGAUUCCCCGUUAUAUUAGACACAGCCAGAUUCAAAUAAAUGUAAGAACAAAGCCUGACCUGAAGCAAAAUUGGACUUCUUUGUGGAUUAACCAUGACUGGGCAUUGGCCAAAUGGUACAGUGUAUCUACAGUCAUCCGGUAAAUCUAUGUUUGAUCCUCAGCUUUUGAAAUGAUUGCCUUCCACAGGCAAACCAGUAGUCUAAAAAUCUUGUUGAUGCUAAGGAGGACAAGCCUUAAAGUCCUUCAGGGUGAACGGAAAGGUUAUGGGAACGCAAAGGAUCACGACGCCAGUGGUCCAAGUGACUCAUUUCUUCUGGAACCCAUUGAGGAACCUGGUACAUCUCAAGACUCCAUCUCAUAAAACUCAAUUAGGAGGGAUUUGCUCUGGAUUUUUUUUAACAUUUUUUAAAAUACUGUUGGGACUGUCAGAUCAAGUGUGGACUUGACUGAAACCCCUCUCAGUGGGGAGACAUCCCAGUGGAAGAGAACGUACCUGUACAACUGGGAUUCUUAUUUAUAAAUUACUUAACUUUUAGGGAUGAAUGGCGUGUGUGUGUGUGUGUGUGUGUGUGUGUGUGUGUUCGUUACCCUCAAGUGUACUUUGCUCUUCAACUUAGACGUGCAGUAUUUUCAGAACUAGUGAGAAAAGUAAGAUCUUUUCUUCUUUAUGAUUCUGCUCAAUACACCAUGUGCCACCUUAGAGCUUUCUGUAGCCCAGCAAGCUUCUGUCCUCAGUGACGCACUUGGCCGUGUUGCUGCCUCAGCCCAGUGAUGUCCCGCUCACCUGCGUCCGAGGGACACCUCUUCGGUCUGCAGCGCCGUCAUCGUCAUCGGGGCGGACCCCCAGGCUCGGUUCCAGCGACGCCCUUCUCGCGGCUCUUCCGUGAACAGGUGUGCAAGCCUUGGCCCCUCCUCAACACUAAGCCCCCCAAAACUCAGCCUCCGAGGAACUGCUGAGUGCCCUCAAGGCAUGUCAUUGUCAGUGAUACGUUUUUCUUCUGUGAAACUCUGACCUAUUCAUGUCAUAUUGACCUUUUGCUGCAUGAGUCAUAAAUUAUGAAAUCAGUCUUAUGGUUUUUGAAAUGUAGCCAGCAUUUGUAAGGCUAAACCUUUUUCAUGAACUGAAUUUAAGUGACUAACCAAGCCACAUUUCCUCUUCAAAAGGAGAGUGCUUACAGACAUUUGAAUCUCUUUGCCCUUUCCAAAGGCUAUGGCUUCAGGUUCUAAAAUAAGCUCGUCAUCUUUCCUGUUAUUUUAAUAAUAUGGAAAUAGUAGCAUAGUGUUUCUUUUGAUAGUGAUAGACUAUAAUCCAUAUUUAAAUUUUAUAGAAAAGAAAUUUUAUUGUACUGUGAUGUAGAUAUUUAUUAUCCAGGUAAGGAUUUGCCCGGUGUGUAUUUUUUACAAUUGAAAUGUUUUACUUUAAUCUUUAAAAAAAAAAAAAAAGACAUUAAAAACACAUGCAAAAAAAAAAAAAACCAGACGAGGGGGAAAAAAGGUUUGGCCUUAUCACAGAAUUUUUACUGUGUUGUACAAAUGUUUGCAAAUGCAAAACGAAUGCUUUUCUAGUGUGUCUCCACAUUCAUUAAUGAACACCGCCUUCGAGAGCAAUAUUAUGCAGGGAAAACGCUGUUUGUGGCUUUCUGUUGCACAGUUAAAGCUGACCCACCUUAUGCACAAGACAAUCAAAUACAAACCUGUCCUUCUCAGGACUCGGAUAAUACAAAGCAAAUUACGGAGCACAAUGUCAAGAGAAAAGACACUUCACGUCGUUACACAUGUUCUGUUGACAUGGAAGGUACCAGGGCAUGAAUGAGCUGACGCUGCCCCAUUUUUCUUUCGGUUUUCCUAAUUAACUUCACAUUUUCCUUCAAUUAUAGAGCCAAAUUAGAUGUCUAUGCUUUCUUCAGAGAAAGCACAUCUCCCCCCCCCCCAUGAUGUUUUCAUGCCCUAGGAACCAUAAAAUCGCUAAAGAAUAAGAGAAGACUCUCAGUCAUCAGAAGACCCGUGUUUUGCAAACAGUGUUAAGUGAUAUUGCUAGAUUAGGGAUUUUUUUUUUCAGCCUAAAACUGUUGAAAUCUGUGAUCAAAAUGUUUUAAACUGUCCAAAAAGAAAAUUUGUAUAUUUGGGAAAAACGGAUUUUUACAUAGCUUUUGUAUGCAGACAUUAAACUGUAAUUAUGAAUAUAGUGGGCGUAGAUAAAGUCAUGAGCUUCAAUUCGAAAAAAGAAAAAGCUUAUAAUGGAUGUACUUUCCUGUCUCUUUCUUUAACUAUUACUUUCUAAAUAGGCACAGUGCUGCCUGCUCUUCUCAUGUCAGCUGCUGCCAUAGGAAGGGAGACAGGGAGGUGAAGGCAUUUGUUGCAGAAACAUCCACUGGAAGAAGCAAACUUCCUUGGCAGGAGGGUAUGGGGGUGGGGCAGGAAAGAGAAGCGAAUGUCUCAUGGGGGAAGGCCACAGAGAUGGAAUGAGGAGAGGAGAGAAAUUUUUGCAGCUCAAAGGAUAUAUUCAUCUUCUUGUCUCAAAAUGUUUCAAAAUAUUAUUAAUGGCAUUAUACUACUAUCAGCUGUCAACAUAUAUCUCAAUCCCCAUUGCCCUGAACACAUGUUAGGACUCUUUCUGUAGUGAUUGACAAUGACAUAAGUCAAACUAGCUUAAGACUGAAGGGAAUUUAUUGACUGUAAUAUGUGGAAUGUCCAGGGGUAGGCAGCUUCAGGCAUGGCUGGAUAGGGAUGUUCUUUCACUCAGUAUUAUCAGGAGGUGCCUCUUUUCCUCUGCAGGAAUUUUCCUCAGGUAGACUUUAUACUCGCAUAGCCUUUUACUUUAUGGUGGCCCCCAGAGCACUAAGAUUAGCCUUAUGCUUCAAACCAGCGGAGAGUUUCUUUGCUCCAUAGUUCCAAUAAAAAUCAUGGGCCUACUCCUCAUUGGCCAAAUUGAGUCAUGUGCCAAUCACUGUGCUGAGGAAGACAGAUUUGCUAAUUAGCUCUGAAGGCAGUCUUCCAAAAUCCUGGAACUGAGUGGGGGAAAGAAGGAUAAUCAGCCCCAUCUGGACUAAGAGCUGGGGCAGGGAAAAUUCUAAGUGUUGCUACUCUGAGAAGUGGGGAGGACCAGCAAGCAAGCAAAAGCAACAAAUGUCCACACCAAAAGUUCAAUAUGGAAGCACAUCUAUUUUCAGUACAGUAAUGGAGUCUCCUUUACACAGAGGGUGCUCAGCAUGAUUUGACCAGGACAUGAACCAAAUAAACACUUUCCAAGAAACUGUCUGAUCCCAUCCUACCUGGCUCAUGAAAGAGGCAAGUCCAGGUAAGAUGCAGCAAGCAUUUAUUAUUUCCUUGAGCCAGAUCAGUUCCAAGUACUAUUUUUCUGAGUCCUCCCAUUCCAUAUUCAAAAGACUGUGUAUAACUUGUAUAUUUAUCUCUUUUGUACAUUAUGUCCUUCUCAACUCCAACCUAAUGAACUCAUUUCCCUUCCCCAGGAGAUUUUUUUUAAUUCCUUUUCUGUUGGAGAGUUUUUUACACCUAUAUUCCAGUUAGGAAUAGGUCUUAAUUUCUGUACAAACAAAGCCAACCCAAAGCUAAAGUGACAUCUAAUGGCUUCAUUUGGGUUAUGGAGCUGGUAUUACAUCACAAACCUGGACAAUUCUAAUAAUCUAGAAUGAACAGAAGCCAGAGUACAAAUUUAGUUGGCAUCCCACCUUGAGAUUAUAGCUCAUCUUAGUUUCAUACUUAGCUACUCAAGGCAUUUUAGCUUUGCAAAUAAGUAGAAUUUUCAUUAGGUUUGUAUACACAACUUCUGACAUUAAAUAAUAGUUCAAACCAAAAAAAAAAAAAAAA